CCCCAUCGCAGAUGAACAUGACCACCAGCAGACACUUCCCCAACCAUCCGACGCCAGACAUACCGAGCACUCCCCACUCAACACACACCCUCACCACCCCUUGCAACCCCCAAAACCAGCUCACCACCACCACCAUCAUCAUCGUCAUCAUCGCACAUCCCCAGCCCAACCUAAACCCUAUAAAUCCCUACAUCCAUCCCACCAUAGCCCGAUACACACUUAUCUCCCCUCCUCACCACGCCCAUCUCGCUAUCCGCAUAUCACAUCCCCUUAUAUAGCAGAACCCAUCGCUACCGCCGUCGGUAUUGUCAGUAGUAGAGGCGGUGACGAUAGCGAUAGCGAUAGCGAUUACAUCACCCCACUGUUCCCUUCCUCUCCGUACUUGCGUACGCCAGAACCGCGGCCCUAUCGCGCGGGUUCUCCGCAGGUUCUUAACAGAACCCCGGAUAUCGAAUAUCCUUCUUCUUCAUCUUCUUCAUCUUCAGCGUCUCGAUCACGUGGAGAUUCCUGUGAUAAGAGGGUUAAAUGUGGCAAAGGAGAUGCGGAGGUUCGCUCGAUUGGUACGACGGCGAGUUUGGUGACGGAUUGGUGGUCUGUGAGGAGUGAUUCUAGUUGUGAAGACGAUGGUGGAGAGGAUGGGGCUUGUUUGCAUUCGCGUUCCGUUUCCCGGUAUUCUUCUUCUUCUUCUUCUUCUUCUUCUUCUUCU